GAAAAAACCGUUUGACGUAGGCUGUGUACGCAUGCACAUUGACACCACGCUGCAACCCACUUUUCUUCUUUUUUUUUUCUUUUCCUUUUUGGUCUCAUCUCAUCCUAGUAUCUGAACUACCUAUAGCCAACGGAGCGGCGGGUGACUCACUUACCGGUGUGUGUUCUGUGUCUGUCUACUAGCAUGCUGUCCACCACCGUUGCACACACACACACACACACACAGAUCACAAACGGGCUGCUGAUUACGACCAGCCUUGCGAAGCCACUUUUCCACGGGUGGACCGACAGCAUGGAUCGGUAGUGUGGACGUGUGUGGCAGCGGCGUAGGCAGCUACGUAGGGUUCACCAACUACAGGACGAUGGAUGGGGCUGACGGGAAGGAUUUCAGUCCUUGGUAAGGUAACCAAUGCUCGUUUUUCUCAAGUAUGCCGUACCUGGUACUAGAAAAGCUUGUACUGUCUGUCGUGUAUAUAAGAUCUGGUUUGGACGCCCCUUUUUUGUCCUCAGGUUGUCACCAGGCAGAAAAUCACACAGACACACACACACACACAUACAUACACUUGCACAACUAUCAUCGCACCACUCAAAACGGCUAUCACCAUUUAUACAGCGACUACCACCAUAACCAUCACCAUCACAACCACAUCCAACACCGCUAUUCUCACCACCAACACCAUUCCCAACUUCACUUCUACAACCACCGCCAUGUCCGCCAACACUUUCAACUCCCCUCUCUACCCCCGCAACUACGCCACCCAAAUCAUGGCCGACCAAAAAGCCGCCCACACUCAAGCCAAGCAGCAGCAGUCCCAGUCACAACAGUCCUCCUCCUUCGAUGACACAGCCUCCAUAGCCAGCACAACCACCGACAUCUCCUAUCUCAAGUCCCAAGCCAAGUCCUCCAAGAGCUCCUCAUCAGGCGGGAAGCCAGCAAGCAAAAGCCAAGUGAUGAAGAACCAGAUCAACAUGGGGUUUUGACUCCCUUAACGGUGAGGAUAAUCGAAGGUUUAGGGUCAAUCUGCUAGCUGCCUCUGACUAAAGGGGAGGUGGUUAGCUGGACAGGAGGUGGGAUACACCAACCAU